AGCAUACCCUUUGCCGAUAUUUGCGAUAUAUUUGUUUCAAUAGCAAAUGUAAGGCGUGUAGCAAACAGUCUUAUGUCUGUGACCGCGGGAGAUACAAAUACACUUUUUGGUGACAGCCAUGUGUAAAUGAGCCCGGUUCUCUCUAAAUGACAUUACCAACAAUGAAGAAGCUUUGCAAUAGAAGAGAAAUUUGUGGCACAUCUCAAAGCGAUGAAACUACCCAAGUUGAACCUGUCACCUCUUUAAUGGAACUGUGCAUCAUAUUUGUUGCUAACAACCUUCAUUUUGUUGACUCGUUCUUGGGCUUCCCUGAUAUUGUUGGUGAAAGAAUAUUUCAAAAAGCACUUUCUCUCGAUAAGUUUUCAGGCACCAGCUCAAGUCUUGAAGCCAACGUAAGCCCAUUUAGUGCUGCCUAUGGGAGUAUUGUUUUGGACAGUCUGUCUCUGUCAGGUGAACACCUUGUUAUAAACAAUUACCUGGAAACAAUAUGUCUUUUCACUGACUUGAGUAAACUAGAUGUUUCUUGUUGCGGUCUUGGAGAUGACCAUGAGCUGCUGCAGCAUCUGUCACAACUACACAGUUUACAAAUACUUAAUCUUCGAUGUAAUGCCAUGACAGACAAUGGUAUGCGAAAACUAACUGCACCAGCUCGGAUGUUCAAACAAGGUCUGCAGGUGCUCAGGAAUAUAGACAUUUCAGGGAAUUUGCUGACUGAGAAAGGAGUGAAGUACCUGUCAAGUCUACCUAUGCUGAAAAUUAUACACCUGUCUGAAAACAAAGUCAAAAAAUACAGCCUGUUUAGACAGCAAGGUUUUUAUUUGUCCAAUGAGAUGGAGGAGUUGUGCAGAGGGGUGUUUGAUAUAGGGACACAUGGCUGGGCUACCCCGGUAAUACAGGCCUGGACUACACAGGCUCAGAAACCUCUACACAAGACAAAGAGAUCCACAUUUUAUCGCUCACAGAACAUUACGUCGAAGCCAUCCAAAGCCCUUCCUCCUCCGCCCAUAUACUCCCAUGUGCUUGUUUCCAACUCACUGCAUUCAGGAAACAUGAGAGAACAGGCAUCAUCAUCAGUUGCACUGGACUCGACCAGCAGUACCAUGUCGAGAGAGACAAGCCUUGCACACAGGCUGUGGUGGAGGAGGCACAAUAUGACCCCGAGGAAGAGGAUCUGAUGAAAAUGUAUGGUGGCUACUGCUCAGCUACAAAGCAAGACUCCCUCUCAAGUGUUCUUUCAGACUGCUGGUGACAGUCUUGUCUGAGAAAUAGUCCACCAAAGCAGUUUGAUAUCUUCAAUAACCAUAAUACUGAUCUGAAGAACAUAUCAUGGACUUCUUUGUUUUAACUUAUUACCUAUAGAUUAAUCCUAUGUACAGAGUCUGUGCUACUAUUUAUGUCAAAAUAAUAAAACUACUUUAAUGCAU